UCACACGAGUGCCCAAGACUUGUCUUUUAACAGUCAUGUGAUCAUGCCUGUCAGCUGACGAGGAAGUAAAUUCACACUUUUUCACCGGGUAGCUCUCCCUCGAAAUAGUUUAUUCCAGAGAUCUCCGCCUGAAAGUAGCUUUUAUGAAUAUCUAUUAAUUGCUUGAAUGCUGUUGCGUGUGUAUCUAAAGUUAAGAUGAAUUCUCGCGUGGUCGCGCUCAUCAUUGCGCUCCUCUGCGCGCUCUCCACCGGCGCCGCGCAACACCUGGACACAGUGGAGUGGCUAUCAGAGUCAGAAGGCCCAAGCGCAUCCGUGGAGCUUCAGCAAGAAUCCAACAGUACCAACUCGUCUGAUCUGACUUAUGGAUUCAUAUCCUGCGCCGUAUCAGUAGUCUUCUUCGGGAGCAACUUUGUACCAGUGAAAAAGAUAGAGACUGGUGAUGGUAUGUUUUUCCAGUGGAUUCUAUGCGCUGCUAUAUGGACAGUCUCCCUAGUGGUGAACAUCAUUCUACAUAGUCCAAAGUUUUGGCCUCUUGUUAUGCUGGGAGGAGCCAUCUGGGCUACUGGUAAUAUAACUGUAGUUCCUAUUGUAAAGACUAUUGGGCUUGGUGUUGGUCUUCUUAUAUGGGCUUCGUUUAAUCUGCUUUUGGGUUGGGCCAGCUCAAGGUUUGGCUGGUUUGGUAUUGGUGCCGAGACUGUUUCCAAACCAGUACUGAACUCCUGUGGAGCAGGUCUUUGUUUACUUAGUGCCAUUGUUUUUUUCUUUGUGAAGACUGAUGUUCAAAGAUCUGCAACAUCUGAAGAAACACCAUUACUAAUAGACCAUAGUGUGAACUCCGAAUCUGUGGUAGCAACAGAUGAUUCCUGGGUGGACGCAUUAACACCACGCAACAAACGGCUAGUUGGAACGUUUCUUGCUGUUGUUGCUGGACUGCUGUACGGAUCAUCAUUUGUUCCAGUUCUGUACAUUAAAAAUCAUGCAUCAGAUCCAGACAGCCAAUACAGUGGGGCUAGCCAGUUUGAUCUGGAUUACGUCUUUGCACAAUACAGUGGGAUUUUCCUCACUAGUACAGUGUAUUUCAUCCUGUACUGUGCUAUCAAAAAAAACAGACCUCAAGUUUUUCCUAAAGCAGUACUGCCAGGAUUCCUUUCUGGCAUCAUGUGGGGUGUAGCCACGUGCUGCUGGUUCCUGGCCAACCACUAUCUCAGUGCUGUAGUGAGCUUCCCUAUUAUCACAACAGUUCCUGGAUUGAUUGCAGCUCUUUGGGGUGUUCUCGUGUUCAAAGAAGUGAAGGGUUGGCGAAAUUACAUUGUCCUCGUCAUUGCUUUCUGUCUUGUUUUAUCUGGGGCAUUAUUGACUGCAUUCUCAAAGGUUUAAACCUUUUUUUUUUUUUUUU